UGUUUAAAACAUGGAGGGAAAGUUAACAUGGUGAAACACACGCAGCGUCACGUCGCUGUAUAGAGCCGGUGUAUAAACUAUAUACAGUCUGUGUAUAUAAGCUGUCAGCUCCUCUGCCUCACUGGUGGACAACAUGUGAGAGUCAGGUGUUAUGAAGUGUGUCGUGAUGCAGGACUCACAGUCUGUGGUUUUCUUUGACCUGGAGACGACUGGACUGGGUCAGAGUUGUGACAUCGUCCAGCUGGCGGCAGUGAGUGGAGGACACUCACUCAACCUUUACGUCCUCCCUCGCUGUCGGAUGCAGCGGGGAGCAGCCAGAGUGACUGGCUUCAAGGUUCGCAGACAGAGGCUGUACCUCCAUCGUCAGCUUGUCCUCACCAAUUCCCUGCGAGAGGUCCUGGUCUCCUUCAUAGCUUUCCUUCGAAUGCUCGGACGCCCGCUUGUCAUCGGCCACAACAUUCGUCGCUUCGACUGCCGUUUGCUGGCUCGAGCUCUUGAAGAACUGGACCUCAGAGCAGGCUUUGACUCAUCAAUCAAGGGCUGCGUGGACACUCUACCACUGGCCCGUGAGAUGCUGAGGGACCGCUGCCUCCAGAGUUUUCGACAGGAGAUUCUGGUGAAGGAGCUGCUGGGUGUGACCUACAAGGCCCAUGAUGCUUUGGAGGAUGUGCGGGCAUUGCAGGCUCUCUACAGUGUGCUUCAGCCCACACCAGAGUUAGUUUGUAAGCAUAUGUUUACUCUGGACACCAUGAAACACAAGGCAGGUGGGACAGAUGCCAAAGCUAAAGUGUCCAGUCAGAUGUCAGGACAGCGCCCCCUGUGGGAGCACCUAAGACAGGCUGUGAAGGUCACCGAGAGCAAAGCAGAGGACAAUAAUGGAGAAGUUAAUGGAUUGUAAUCAAUAACUUUUGAAAAAGUACCAUAAAUAGAUGAGACUGUAACUCUGAAUACCGGCAGCUCCUACCACAGCGUAAAGUUUACAUUGUGUCCCACAGUAGAACUAUGCUUUUGAAUGGUGAUGGAAGAGUACAAACACAACACAUCGCACAGUACUUCCCUAUUCAACACUUGCACCUGGGCCUCAUCGAACCUUUAGUUUGAUUAGACUUUUAUUUAUUAGAGUUUAAUAUCUUUAAAAUCAGAUGAACAGCCUUAUUCCCAAAACAUUCACUUUCAGUUAUUGUGGAAAUAGCAAUCACUGGUGUUAGUUUGCCUUAUAUCCUGUAAAUUAUUUCAUUUGUGUAAAAAAAUGUACUUUCAUCAUGUUUUAGGGAAUUUCGAUGAAUAAUUUUAUUGGAGGUAAAUUAAUUUGCUAAUAAAUGUAUACAUCCCAAAUUGUAUAUUUUUCUAAUUAGCACUUGAUAUAACAAUUUGGGUAUAUUUAAAGAAGAGGAACUCCAAAGAAUUGGGUCAGGACCAGAGUUUGCCUUUAACAGGGGGACCUUGCCAGAGAUUCUCUGGUCAGACAUGUUCGCAACAGCAACAUAUCCUCCAGAGCGUUCAGGUAAAGGGGUGGUGCAGCGGCAGGACGCAAACAUUGAUUCCACUUGGGAGAACGCUGGCGUCAUUCCAGUUGCUCACAUUGCACUUGUGCAAUAGACAUUGUUUAUUGAAUUUUUUUAUUGCAACAUUUUGAUGCCAGUAAAUCUUUAUUAGUAUAUUUAUAUAUUUAUUUCAAGUCAGUUGUUGGUUGUUUGAAGUUGUUCUGUGGUUGUGUGUUUUUAUUAGUACUUCUGAUUUCAUUGUAUGCAUAGCACAAAUAAAGGCAUUCUAAAUUCUAACUCCGGAGUAGGUUCAGU